AUUAUUCAAAAUACCCACAGACGGACCAUUUGACUUAUCGCACGAGGAUAAAGACAACAAACUUUCAAAAACACAAAAUGGCUAUUAAAAAGGAUUCCUAAUACUUUUCUUGGGAUUUUAGAAAUACAGCGUGAUUUUUUGAAGAAGUUAAGGGAAACACCAGUUGUUGAGCAGAAUGUACGUCGCGUAUGAGGAGAGCUCUUCAUAGCGAAAGACAUGCUGGAAGGGAAUAGACGGCUACAGAGUGUUUUGGGGCACGCCUGGUUGUUGACCGUAGUGUUUGCUGUUUUAGUUGAUGGGGAGGCGAAUAUUACAUAUUAUGGCAAAGAACGCACCAAGGCUUUAGGCGGAAUUAUCAGACAAUUAAUAUCGAGCUACAAAAAUCUUGGUCUAACGGAAGGCAAGAUCCCUAGCGAGCUAGCAGCAAUAGGGGGCAUCGGUCCUUUCCUAGGCGCUGGUUCGGAUAGCAUCGAGGGUAAUAUCCACGGCUUUGUGCAUCCCGAAGGUGCAAGCAAAGGCACGAUCACAGGGCCCCCGCCACAGCUGCCGAAUGACGAGUCAGCGGGAUCGAGCGUGGGCUCAGCUAUACAGAACCUUACCCAGUUCCUGAACUCUGGGAAUCGGCCAAACAGCAACAUACCAAUUGAUGGCGGGUUCACUGAAUGGACUGCAUUUUCCAAGUGCCCCAAUUCAUGUGGACGCACAGCACUCAGGUCACGUGAACGGUACUGCACCAAUCCCGCGCCAGCAAACGGCGGGAAAAACUGCGAAGGGCCGCGUUUCCAGCUGAAGCUGUGUAAACUAAAAGACUGUCCAGUUGACGGCGGUUAUACGGCGUGGACGGCCUGGAGUCGAUGCACGCAAAAAUGCGGUAAAGGCUCCAAACACAGACACCGAUACUGCACAAAUCCUGCUCCUAUGUACGGCGGCAAGACUUGCGAAGGCCGCAGGCGAGAGAUUAAGCACUGCUAUGGCAAGAUGUGUAACGACCAGAACUCUAUCGUGGAUAUAGACCCUAAGACUGUGUGCGGCUAUGACCCAUGUAAUGUGGCAAAGUGCAUCAGCUCACCGUACGCCACUUGUGUCAGCGACUUUAAGUGCAAACCAGUCUUCUUCGACUCCGAGGAGAGGCGCGUCGAGGAGUGCAAAGGGGCUCGGUUAUACCUGACCAUCGACCCAGACACCGUGUGUCGCUUUAACCCAUGCAAGUACACUACGUGUACCACUCUGAAACCUGCUAAAUGCCUGGUCAACACCAAGUGCCAGCCGGUCUUCCUGGACGCGUUUGGUAAAGAGUUGGACUGCAAAGGUGUGUUCAAGGUACCGGCGCGGUACAUCUGCGGUCAUAACCCUUGUAGUAACGCCAUGUGUAAGUCGGAGCCCUCCGCACGGUGCCUUGUGGACCACACGUGCAAACCUGUCUUCGUCAACGCAGAGAAGCAGACAUACAAGCAGUGUAGUGAACGAGGCCAAAUCGUGGAAAACAACCUUGACGACGAGGACAGCGACGCAGAGGAGACUGCUGACCAGGAAGACAGUGAGGACUCCUUGAGCCGGCUCAUGAAGGGCAAACACCGGAAGCACAGCAAACCCGCCAGUGAUAGUGACAGUAGCUACGUGAACGAUGAUUCAGAUAAUGGCGAAGGGGAUGGAGAGGAAAAGAAAUCAAAACUGCACCUGGCUAGCCGAUUUCUAGGCUGACAAAAUGCAGUUUAGCUGAAAGUUUACAGAUAAAAUGCCAAAAUGGCGCCAGAGAAAAUCAAGACCGUCUGAACCCUAAGCAUGAAUUAAUCCGCAUGUAUGAAGAAAGGCUUAGUAAGAGUAAAGGUGUUAGGGGUUUUCCACAAGCAUAAAUGGACAGGGCCGUAGUAGGGGGUGGGGCACUGGGGCACGUGCCCCCCUACCCCCCGAUAUUUUCAAAGAUUAUAAGGAAAUGACCAGUAGGGGCGUGGCUACCCCCCUCCAAUAUUUCGAGACCUGCUACGGCACUGAUGGAACGACAUGUAUUGAUAUUGAGCAAAACGACUUACUAGCAUGAGACUGCCUGUUAGGGAUAAGUUAGGGAUACCCAGCUACCCUGCUAUACAUUCCCUACUGGAUCCGCUGAGCUUCAAACUUAAGCCUGAAGUUUUUCCGCGAGAAGACUAGAUUGGAAGGUGUAAUUACAGAUACAAAAAUCAUAUCCCUACCACAGAGAUAUGAAACCCUGUGGAGAAGUGUCCCUUUAAACAUCUUAGUAUCAUCUUAACACCGAUUUGAUGGAAUAUGUCCAAACUAACAUAAUAAUAACUAAUAACCUCAUGGAGCAUGUAUAAGUAAUCAAAAAACACAUCGAUUACAAAGAUCUAGGAAUAUUUUUAUAUGACAAUAAAAAGCACAUCUAAAAAAAGUAUUUCUUAUGCUUAUCAAGAGAUCACAGGUCCGCAACAGGGCAGAUCACGUACUCUCUACGAAAUCCCUUAGAAAUCUCUCAGAAGGUUAGGGUGUAUAGGUAAAGAAGGUAAAAGAGUAAGAGAGUUUACAGGUAUGAAAGUUGUUCGUCGACAAGAGAGCUUACAAAUACUAGAUAUCUUUCUUGGAAAGCCAGCUUGUAUAAGUAAGGAUUGACAUAACAGAUACUAGAUAUCCCUCUUGAAAAGUCAGCUUGGCCAACACAGGCAAACCUUUAAGUAUGCUAGGUAGCUAGAGUUCCGUUUAAAAUACAUGCAGCUGCAACACUAAACAGAUAAAGUUACCAUAAGCUAACAAUUUAAAAGAUUACCAACACAGAUCACAGAUGUCUACCUUCUUUACUAUUUCUUUUGCAUGAGAGAUCUGAAGUACUCGUUGCUAAAACCCUUUGAGCCUGCGCUCUUUUCUUGUGAUUCCCCCUUGCUAGCUGGCGCACGGCCUUGUGGGUCAGGCGAUGACGUAGAUGAUGACGUAUGUGGGGUGGACGAUGUUUUCUGUAGGGAUCUUGGAAUGAGCUGAAGCUGAGUUUUCGCGCGUCCGCGACUGCAAUCGAGACACGACCAAUGUAAUGAGAAUUGAAGGAUGGUUAACAAUUCUUUGCUAUCUACGACUUCUUCGACCCGUUAGAACAUCGACCAUUCAAGUGCCUGGUGUUCGGGUUUAAGGUGGUUGAUUAUGUGGCGUUAACUGAAACCCUUUAUUUGACCUCUCCCAAGCCCCUUAUGGCAAACCACAGGAUUCACAGGAGCGGAACCACAGGAGUGUUAGGGGACAGGCUCAGCAUGGACAACUGAUGUUAUACACUGGGCAUACACACCUUCCAGGGGGUGGUGGUGGGGGAUGCUCUUGUCUUGGAGGGCCUCUUCUCGUGGGGGGAUUAGACAGCGCGACGGAUAUGGUGCGACCUUUCACUUCCGUCUUGUCCAAUGUUAGUACCGCUGUAGAUGCGGAGCUCUAAUACAAAAAAACAAAAAACAAACAAACAAACAAGCGAUUUGUUUAAGGACACUGAUACAAAACCAAUGAUGUGUAUAGGUGCUCUUAAUACAAAACAGACUCUUGAUACAAAAACAAGCGAUAUGUAUAAGGACACUUUGAUACAAAUCCAAUGAUGUGUAUACAAUCAGCGACAAAACCUGUUGAAAAUGACAUCUAUAAAGUAGUCUUACUCAAAUAAAUCACAAUAUGGUAACUUUUUAUUACUCACAUCCCCCUUCCCCCCAUUCAAAGUUGCUGUCUAGGGUUGUCAGUAAGAGAAUCCAACACUGAUUUGGGGGAGAGGGGGUUGGGAUGGGGAGGGGAGGAUAUCAAAGUCACUAUGCUACGUAAUUUAGAUUUCCAUCUGAAACUGCAUUUCAGGCGCUAAAAUUUUCAACAGUCUUUUUCGCUGAUUGUAGGUGCUCUUAGUACAUAACAGACUCUUGAUACAAAACAAGCGAUCUGUAUAUGGACUCUGAAACAAGCGAUGUGUAUAGGGACUCAGACAAAGAAACAAGCAAUGUGUAUAUGGACUCUAAUACAAGCCUCUAGCCUAGGUACUUGGUUGGAGCCAUAUGGACUGUGAAGGCGCAAUGGUUAAAAAAGUGAGUUGGUGUUAUUCAAGACAAUAAGAGUCAAAAAGUCCAAGUUACCAAGGAAUAAAGGCAUAAAGGCUUUGCAUGGCAUUUAAAAAGGCGCUUACCUCUUGUUCGUAUUCGACAUAUCCAUAACCUUUCGGUUUGCCUGCCCUGUUGGUGACCAAACGAACUUGUUUCACGACGCCAUGCUGUCAUCAAAAUCAAACAGACAUCAACAUCACUAACAUCGAAUAAUAAUUUUGUCAUCACAACCAUCAUCACUUUAGCACUACAACCAACCAUAACCAUCAUCACCACUACUAUCACCACCAUUACCAACACUACCACUACUAAUAACAAUCACCAUCGACAUUAUUAUCACUACCACUACUACUAUCAAUCACCAUUACCAAUAUUAUCGACAUUACCACCACCAUCGUUACAACCAUCGUCAGCAUCACCACUACUCCCUAUACCAUCAAAUAUCACCAACAUCAUCAUCACCAUUAUCAUCAUUACAACUUCUUUUAUCACCAUCAUCAUCACCGUUUUCAUCACUAAAACUAUUCACGUUCAGCAACAACACAAACAUUAACCACUAUAUCUAUCAUCACUGUCUCUGUAAAGCUGGCGACAAACCUUGCUAAACAGUUCCUCUAUCUCGGAUUCCUUUGCGUCAAAAGGCAGGUUGGAGACGAAGAGGGUGUGCUUGUCUAAGGACGUGGGAAACUGCACAGAAUAAAAAGUCCUUGGUUUAGUAGUACAGAUAAGAUAUUCUAGUCAUCCUUUGGUCUGA